AUGGGCUUCAAGAUCACCCGCAAACAGGCCCAGGACGCGCCGACGCCCGAGCGGCAAGACCCGUCCCAACGGGCGCCCGGCGUCCUGGGCGUCUUCAAACGCCACGCGAAGUUUCUCGGGCCUGGGAUCGUCGCCUCAGCCGCUUACUACGACCCAGGAAACUGGGCAACGGACCUCCAGGCCGGCUCGCGCUUCGGCAACGCCCACCUCUUCAUCCUCCUCCUGGCCAUCUGCGUCGCCGUGUUCCUGCAGAUCCUCGCCACCCGUCUCGGAUUCAUCAGUCGCAAAGACAUUGCACAGAACUGCAGAGAGGCUUUGUAUUCCCAAGAAAAAGGCCAGAGAGUCAAGAAAUGGUUUAUGCUGUACCCGCUGUGGAUCAUCUUCGAGCUGGGCAUACUAUCUGCCGAUAUGGGCGAACUGCUUGGAUCAGCCACGGCUCUAAUUCUAUUAUUCCCUCGCCUGCCUCCAUGGGUGGCGGUCCUCCUGACGUUCCCAGAAGUAUUCCUGGCGCUACUGUUCUUCCGGAACGGCAAACAGUCGAAACGAUCGAUGCAGAUCUUCGAGAUCAUGAUCACUGUUGUCGUCAUGGCCGUCGUCGUCUCGGCCUUGGUCCUGUUCUUCAAGGUGAAUCCGAAGAUCCCGCAGGUCUUCCUCGGCUACAUCCCGAGCAAGGCGCUCGUGACCGGCUCGAGCUUCUACACGGCCAUCGGCAUCAUCGGCGCGACCGUCGGCCCCCAUUCGCUCAUUCUGGGCGCAUCCAUGGCCACCCAGGACCGCACAUCCGACCAAGCUCCCGCGAAAAAAGGCCCAAAGAACGAGGCCACGGUCGUCUACAUCGACCGAUUCAGCCCCGACAUCGAGAAACAACCCGAAGAGUUUCUCGCGCCACGCAAGGCUCCAUCCGUACCCCAACGCCGAACCGUCCUGGACUGUAGAAGCUAUCUCGCCCAUGCCAGUUUCGACAUCGCCGCUUCGAUCUUCACAUUACCAUUAAUUGUCAAUUCGGCGAUCCUCGUCAUCGCCUCGACGACGUUUUUCUACAACAAGCCGGCGGGCCCGAUCGUGGAGGAAGCGGACCUAGUGGCGAUGCACCAGCUGCUGAAGACCCAGCUGGGCGCGGGCCUGGCGACCCUGUUUGCGGCCUCCCUGUGGCUCUCGGGCAACGCGGCCUCGCUGACGAUCACGAUGGCCGGCCAGUCCCUCUCCGCCGGCUUCCUCGACUACCACACCAGUCCGCUCAUCCGCAGACUCGUCACCCGCACUCUGGGCAUCAUCCCCGCGGCCAUCAUCGCCGCCUUUUCCGCCCAGAAAGGCAUCAACGACCUGCUCAUUGCCACCCAGGUCGCCAUCAGCAUCGUCCUCCCGUUUGCGGUGAUCCCUCUGGCGUACUUCUCGUCGCGGAAGACGGUGAUGUCGAUCAGCUUGCCGCCGAAGAUCGGCCGGCUGUUCUCGGAAGACGAGCGUGUGGUGGCGAGCAAGCGGGCCAACGAGGGCCCGUUGGUCUCGCGCACGAGCCCGUUCGCGCUCAGGCCGCCCUCAGACAAGCCCGGCGCGCGGGACGAGUUCCGCGUCGCCCAGCUGGACGGCUCCUAUUCCUUCGCCAACCAUUGGAUGGUGGCUACCGGAAACUGA